UCCCGUCGAAAGCACACGUCUUUUGCCAUUUCGCGCGCUCCCGUGGAAGUCUGCUCGUGAAAAAACCCGUCGAACGACGAAAAUCCCGCAAGAAAUCAACAAAAAUUCCGGAAAAUACUGAAACAAACGACGACGACACAACAAUGUCUGACGAAGUGAAAGAGAAUGGGACAAGCGAGGUGCCCGAAAUCGAGUUAAUUAUCAAAGCCUCAACCAUCGAUGGACGUCGCAAAGGUGCUUGCCUCUUCUGUCAGGAAUACUUUAUGGACCUCUACUUGCUCGCUGAACUCAAAACGAUCAGUCUGAAAGUCACAACAGUCGAUAUGCAAAAGCCGCCUCCGGAUUUCCGUACCAACUUUGAGGCAGCGCAUCCACCGAUUCUCAUCGACAAUGGCAUCGCCAUCUUGGAAAAUGACAAAAUCGAAAGACACAUCAUGAAAACAGUGCCAGGCGGUUACAAUUUGUUCGUGCAAGACAAGGAGGUAGCAACACUCAUCGAAAAUUUGUACUCAAAAUUGAAGUUGAUGCUGAUGAAGAAGGACGAGCACAAGGAUAGUGCAUUGCUGGCGCAUUUGAAGAAGAUAAAUGAUCAUUUGGAACAAAGAGGCACGCGAUUUUUGACUGGCGACACCAUUUGUUGCUUCGAUUGUGAGCUUAUGCCGCGCCUUCAGCACAUUCGGGUAGCUGGCAAGUACUUUGUGGACUUUGAAAUACCGAAUAGUUACACCGCAUUAUGGCGCUACAUGUACAACAUGUACCAAUUAGACGCCUUUACACAAUCAUGCCCAGCUGAUCAGGACAUCAUUAAUCAUUACAAACUGCAGCAAAUGCUUAAAAUGAAGAAGCACGAAGAAUUGGAAACCCCUACUUUCACAACUUCAAUUCCUAUUGACAUCAACGAUAGCAAUUAGAUCCAAAUCCUUCAAAAAAAGGAACAUUUUUCGUCCUUGUCACGUAUUUUCGUUUAUUUUUGAUAGAUUUUACAACGAUUUCAGAGACAAAUCGUAAGAUAGCCAUUUUAAAAAAGGAAAAACCGAACGAUUGUAACAGAAGAGUACAAAAGAAAAAAAAUUCUGUACUCAUCUCUUAAGAAAAUCUACCAAAAAGUAUUUUUCCAUCGGUUUUUCUGUCAAAUUUUGUUCAUGUUUGCCGCAAAAUCAGGUAUUUUGUAUUCGUAUGAUUAAUAAAAAUAAGCUUAAGAUAGAGAUGGUCCAAUGUAAUUGUAGAAAAAAAGGGAAAUUUUGUAUUUAUAUGCAAAUAUAAAGUUAAAAUGAUACAAGAAAGUUGCCUUUAUUUUAUAAAUAGAAGAAAAAAAUAAUUUUUAACAAUAGUGUCUUAAUUCUCGAUUCAAGUCUGGAUGAAAUUUUGGUAAAAA